AUGGUGGCCAAAAUCUUUUGGGGAGAGGCGAGUCGCACGAGCGAACCGGAAAUCUUGGGCAAGGUUGAUGAGAUCGCAAAGGUUCACAGUUCUGUAAAAGGCCAUAUCCCUGAGUUGCUGUGGCACUACAAGUUCACGAAUUCCACGUCCGCCAUCCGAGAAGCGCUCAGCGUCCCAGACCCCACCACGGGCAGUCGCAUCCUCUACAUUCUCGUAUUCCGCAAGCUCAAGCCGAUCACGGAGCUCUACGGCAGAGAGCUUUUCGACGUGUGGUAUCAAUGCAUACUAUGCACGUGUCACCUUACUUUGUGGAAGGAAGGAGUCUAUCAUCGAGAUGUCAGCCCUGGAAACCUGAUGUGGUACUGGCAAGACGGGAAGCGGAUAGGUAUUUUAAACGAUUACGAUCUAUCCUCAUUGGCGGAUGUCACAGGUUCUCGAGGCAAUGAAUGCAUAGGAACGAUACCGUUCAUGGCGAUCGAUCUUCUCAGCGCAACAGGCCAACGAGGCGAAGUCAAACAUUUAUAUCGCCAUGAUCUGGAGUCCUUUAUGUGGUGCUUUGCCUGGAUCUCUUUGAAAGGAGUCCGUCUAUUUCAGGGAUUGCGUCCCGUCGAUGAAUGGGCGACUUUAGAUGCUAGGGCAUGUGCCGUCGAGAAGUUUUUUUUCCAGGGACAUAUAGAAGUCCCCGCACACUUGCACAAAGAUAAACUUAUGUGGAAAUUCCUUGUGGAUUGUUUCCAUGUGCUUAACACGCACUCCUUUAAUCGAGUUACACAACUAUACCGAUCAAUGGUAGAGGGGGACAAACCGACCAACUCCGAGGAAUCAGAAUCAGAAUCAGACAUUGAUGGUUUUCUGCUGUCAUUCAAGAACACUGAGAGCUGGGCUGCUCUCAGCAAACCUUCACAGUAAUUUUCACUUGUUACACUACCUGGGUUCCAAUACUUGCGUCAAUUGCCCCUGUGUGUUUUGUCUCCAGUAGGUAAACCGAUCGAUUCAAUGGAUGAUAGUGAUUCGUCGUUGCGCAGAAUGAACUGUUUGAAUCGGACAUCCUACCAAGCGAUAUCCAACAUCACGUUAAUGCAUCACUUACUCAUCGGAAUCCACAUGUAUCAUUGCCGAUUUUUCAAGUAACAACG